AUACCCCUUCCCUUCUGGACGCAAACCAGGCAGGCAGGCAGGCACCUUGGGCACGAUCGCAAGACACGGGUGCAGCAACAACACUUGUACGACCCUGAGGGGGGGGAGAACACGUUUGCUUCCAUCACAGAGCAUAUCCCUUCUUUAACAGCUAGAUUUCCUUCUCUCUCUUUUCUCUCAUCCUCCCUCUCGACUCUCCUGCCUUGGCUGCGAGGUACCAAGUACGCCGCGCGCUCGGUUGCCCCGCCGCUCGUGUGAUCACACGGGCCCGACACGACGACACCUCCUUUCUUCGCCCUGCACGGCCAUGGCCUCGCGAGUACGACGUGUGCUCAACCGCCGCCGCUGAUAACGCCAUCUGUCAGCCAACCCCUUUGCACAUCCCAUACCUAUCCUGUCCGUGCCUGGCCCGGCCGGCCGUCUGCCGAGCAGGUGCAGGCAAGCCCCGGCCUCCAGGCGGCCUGGUGACCUUUCCGCCCCCGCGGCGUGCCCACUGGUCCGCUGACCCUGGCGUUGGGUGCAGCCCGGCAGGUGGUCCCAUCGCCCGCCUUGUUCCACCACCAUCUUCACCACCAUCCAUCCUCCUUUUGGCCCAUCAUCAUCCGUCGUCACCUGUCCUGUCGCAGCAAUCCGUCCCGCCUGCGACAGCGGCGACAUCUGCGUCGGCUGGGGCUUCUUUUCUUGGAUGCCCGCCGUGCCCCAUCGUCGUCGAAACGUCAACACAACUCGCUCAGAGCCUCUUGUCCGGCCGGCAUGAAUUGACGGCAUCGCCCUCUCCUGUUGCGGACUGCGUCUCCCCGCACUGCCCCUCCACGCAGUGACCUCGCGCCGGCGUCAUCACCCCACCAAUAUUAGAGACGGGAAUCCAACGUCGGUUGUCGCCCUGCGCCUCUCGCAUCGAGCGAGCAAACAGAAAAGAAAGAAAUAAACGUCGGGGCCGCUCACCCUGUUCAGCGCCCCAAGCGCCUUCUUCGAGCUUCGCUGCGUCGGCCGGCACGACCCAUCUUUAGCAACACCAUGGCGCAGCAAGUAGACGGACCGCCCGCGCCUGUGGACGCAUCACCCGCAGUGUCGGGCAGCAUCGCCGCCGGCGACGAUGCCACCCCGCCCCCGCCCGAAAUCAUGGAUAGGGGCAAGGGCCGCCGCCGCCUGCUUCGCGGCUUGCAGCGCAUCUCCUCUUCUCCAUCGUUGAACGGCCUCCGACGCUCCAAGUCGGUCGGCAGCCCAUACAGCACCCGCAGCACCUUGUCCUGUGUCAGUCUCGCCGCCGUGGGCCCGCCCCAGGCGCAGACGCCGUCCAGCGCUCGCUCGUCCACGCCGCAACCAUCGCCUCUGGGACGACCGCAAGCCGCCUCGAACGCGACCUCGGCCUCGACCGCCCCGACUUCCGCCGAAGAGUUUCCCUUCUACGACGACCUGCAAGACGAGCUUGCCGUGCGCAAGGUCGAACAUGGCGCCUCGCCGCACUCACCUGCGACGGCGGCUCUGCCUCCCGAGCUGCGCUCGUCGAAGCAGGACGGCCAGCUCAGGGCUCGGGCAGCGUCUAAACUCGCCCAGAAGCCCAACUUCCCGUUCUGGGAAAACAUGCCCUAUGAACUCGGCAUCCACAUUUUCUCUUAUAUGAAGCCCAAGGAGCUUGUUCGGCUGUCUCGAGUCAGCAAGCUAUUUUACAAAUUCUGCUUUGACGGCCAACUCUGGACGUCUUUCGAUGCGUCCGAAUUCUACCAGGAAAUUCCGGCAGAGUCCCUCGCCAGGAUAAUCGUCGCCGCGGGCCCUUUCAUCAAGGAUCUCAAUCUCCGCGGCUGCGUGCAGGUUGAGCACUACAAGCGUACCGAGGUCAUUGUCAAGGCGUGCAGGAACCUCAUGAACGCUACCCUAGAGGGCUGCCGCAAUUUCCAGAAACACACGCUUCACAAUCUCCUCAAGAGCAACGACAAGCUGGUGCACUUGAACCUGACCGGGCUGGCUGCUGUCUCCAACACUUCAUGCAAGAUUAUCGCCGAGUCUUGCCCUCAGCUCGAGAGCUUCAACGUGUCUUGGUGCGAGAAGGUCGAGGCCAAGGGCAUCAAGGCCAUCAUCGACUCUUGCUCCCGCUUGAGAGACCUCAGAGCCGGCGAGGUCCGUGGCUUCGACAACGUGGCCACGGCCGAGUCCAUCUUUAACACGAACAAUCUCGAGAGGCUUGUGCUCUGCGGGUGUGUCGAGCUUACCGACGAAGCCCUCAAAGUCAUGAUGCACGGAAAGGACCCCGAGAUCGACCUUCUUACGGACCGGCCCGUGGUGCCCCCCCGAAAGCUGCGACAUUUGGAUCUUAGCCGCUGCAACCGGCUGUCGAAUAUCGGCGUCAAGUCUAUCGGCUAUGUUGCCCCGGAGCUGGAAGGGUUGCAGCUUUCCGGCUGCAAGGCCCUGACGGACGGUGCGCUUGAGCCCAUUCUCGCUUCGACUCCUCGGCUCACCCACCUUGAGCUGGAGGACCUGGAGGAGCUGACGAACUCGCUUCUCUCCGAACACCUGGCCAAGGCUCCCUGCGCAGCGACCCUAGAGCACCUAUCACUUAGCUACUGCGAGAACAUUGGCGACGUCGGAUUGCUACCCGUCAUGCAAAAAUGUGUGCGGCUGCGCAACGUGGACAUGGACAACACGCGCGUCAGCGAUUUGGUUCUUGCAGAGGCAGCGUCCAUGGUAACCAAGCGCUCAGAGCGUUCGACGAGUGCGGAUGUGCGCCCGAGGAUGACGCUACAACUCGUCGUCUACGACUGUCAGAAUGUUACCUGGACGGGCAUUCGGGAGGUGCUCUUCCGCAAUGCUCAAAUCCGACCAGCUGCGGGGCAGUCUGGCGGGGUGACGUAUCCCACCGAAAUUAUUGGCCUGAAGUGCUUUUACGGCUUUCAAAUGACGGUGGAUGAACACCAAAAGAGGCUGCUGCGAGGUGAUCUUUCAUCAGCCAGCAGAUUGGAACGGAAAUGGGCCGACUACAUGCAAGCGAGCGAAGAGGCUGGAGUUGGCGGUGCGGGCUACAGGCGACGAAGACGUCGCGCCAGGGAAGCCCAGGCACUUCACCUGAACGAGGAGGACGGUGGCAUUGUUGGCCGGCGGAGGGCCCGAACGAUGGGAUCCUGCCUGGUUAUGUGAUAUGGCAUGGGAGUUGCAUCUGGGAUACGUCGACAAUGAACCAAGGCCCUUUUUGACAGGCGAAGCGGAGAUUGGACGAGCUGAUUUUUCAUCACUUUUCUCGAAUUUUCCCUCUGUGUUGGCACCUGGGAUACGAGCGGAAUGGCCCGUCAGCCAGCACCUGGGGUGCAAGAGGCGGAACCUGGGGACUGUCACAUUUUUCUUCUGGGGGCAAUCAGUCACAUCGGCGUCACGGUAGAUCAAGGGCAUCGGGAACGCCAGGAGCAUGUAUGUUGGACCGCAACUCGGAUUCGGGAAAUGAUGGAAAGGUAGCCGAGAAAGCAUCUGACUCGGCCUGGAUAGGCUCACUCUGCUGGACACGGCGACAAUUCAGUACGUAUCUCGGCGAAAUAUUACCCAAGGUACCUUGAGAUCUGGACUUUUGCGGGCCAAAGACGGUUAUUGCUUUUGGAAAGGAAGGCUUACACGAGUCGUGAGUUGCCCGUCGUCUAAGUGCAGUGACUUGAUCGCGUCGAAGGGGGCAUGGCAUGCAGGUCGCCAACUCCUUGAAACCACCACGACUCUCUCGCGGAAACACGCUCGCGACUUGGUCUGUGGACGAUAGCGGCGCCGGCGCCGUGCACCCCCACCCUCCGCAUCGUGAAAGUCUAUGGAGUCGCGAUGCAACAAUGGGCAGUUGAUGGAGCUGUGGGUGUUCCAAUAAUAGGGACCAUGCAGGACCCUACAUAUGCAAAGCCCCAGAGGAAGAUGAGGGUGGGGGAGGGGGCCACCACACUGCAAAUGCUGCACACUUCGUGCUGCACCAAAGUACUGCACUCCUUCCGUGCACGAUGUGCGAGUAAGGCGCUGCAGCAGACGCGGCGGCGGCGGCGGCGGCGUUGGUGGCCGGCACGACAAGCGUCAGGACGGCGCCACCGGCCGCCGCCCACACUGGACAACACACGCGCGACCUGAAGCACUCACCUGCGGGUCGCGAUUCAUGAACGAGAUUCGAGAGAUGACGCGCCGGCACUGGGGGGGCACACGCGAGUUGGCUUUUGGCGGGGAGAGUGGAGGCACUGUUGGCGCGACCAAGACGGCUGGUGGAUGGGGACUGCAGGUGGUCAGUGACCCCAUUCCGUGCUUUGUCCAGAGGACAAGACCGGGCUGCACAGCAUGAUGGGAUACUUGAGUACUGGAUCGAGGUACCGAGCAUAUCUUACCAAAUACUGCUAACCGUAUAUCUAUUUAUGGCC